AUGCACGUGACAAAGCUUCUCACUGGUCGCACAACCCUGCUGAUUUGGCUUCAGCACCAAUGUCUCCUCAUGAUUGCGACUCAAUCUUCGACUCCAAUUCCGACUUCGACUUUCUACCUUCAUCAAUUUACAUUCCUCGACAUUCUUCCAGAAACACAACCUCACCCGCAAGCAACCACCAUGGAGAGGACCACACCAUCCACUCACACUCCAGCGACCACGACCACCACAAAAAAGAACAUCUUCCGUUUCUUUGACCUCCCGCGCGAGCUGAGAGAUGACAUCUACAGCCGACUAUCUCCACGUCAUGCUCGAGUCAAAGGCAAGCGAUGCGGUCUGACCUUCGUCCGCGAGCUACGCUUCCCGCACUUCCCCGUCUUGGACCUGCUUCUCGUGUCACGAAAAUUCGAGUUUGAGUACGAAGAGGCGAUUGCUCGUGACCCGAGAAGCAAAGAACUCGUCGUCGACGUGGAUCUCAAGCCGGUCACCAAGGUCUGGGGCGCGACGCCAAAUUCUCUGCUGGACAGGCUGUAUCCGAUCGAGAGAGUCGAGGUGCGACAGAACCGUCGAGCUAUGAUUGAGAUGUGGGAAGCUUCGCAGUGGGGGGCGAACGAAGACAUGCAGAAGCUGCUCCCUCUUAUGCCGAGCCUCAAGCACUUUACGUCCGCCUUGAGUUUCAAAGCUGACAUCUUCGAGAGACUGGUGGUCCUGAGUGGUAUGACCAAGGCGAGCUAUGAAGCCGAGGCCAUCGCGGAGUGGCUACUCGAUGGCGCCCAAGGACGCAACAUGCUCGCCCUCCAGCUUCACACUGUUAUACUAAUUCGCACUACACUCUUCAGAAUCAAGCGCAUCCAUAGAACGGACGUGGAGUACCGCAAAUGGAUGGUAGGUCAGCUCCGUGAAGCUGGCCACUUCUCCCCAGAGGGGAGAUCCUGGACCCGGAGCGUCAACGAGCACCCCAAGAACGAGAUCACUUUGAUGGGCAGGCCUGAGGUGGGUUCACAUACAAGCUGA